CAGGCACUGGUGCCGGCGGCCGGUUUUCUCUGGCCCGGCCCACUUGGGGCUUCCCAGUAGUACGGUGCAGUGGUCCCUUCCGUCGCCCACGCAGCACUUUAUUCAUUCAAUCCUGACGUCCGGAGUCGCCACCAGCCUCUGUGGGAGAAUUCGCGUUCCAGCGGUGGGGGUGGGGGCGUCCAGGACGCGCCGACCCAGGGCGGGGGCGGCUUUGUUGGCUGCCGGUGUCUGGCUGGGUACGUGCCAUGGCACAGCCGCAGUGCUGUUGAACUGGGAAGAGCAGCUUUUAUUUGCUUUUCCGGUUUGAUUCUGGGGGUGAUGUUUUGGGGUCUCUUAGGGACUUUUGGGUCACCGAGGACACGCAUGAGGACCAUGAUACCUCCACUGAGAACGCAGAUGAGUCCAACCACGACCCCCAGUUUGAGCCAAUAGUUUCUCUUCCUGAGCAAGAAAUUAAAACGCUGGAGGAAGAUGAAGAGGAGCUUUUUAAAAUGCGGGCAAAGCUGUUCCGAUUUGCGUCAGAGAAUGAUCUUCCAGAAUGGAAGGAACGAGGCACUGGCGAUGUCAAGCUCCUGAAGCACAAGGAAAAAGGGACCAUCCGCCUCCUCAUGAGAAGGGACAAGACUCUGAAGAUCUGCGCCAACCACUACAUCACACCGAUGAUGGAGCUGAAGCCCAAUGCAGGAAGCGACCGCGCCUGGGUCUGGAACACCCACGCUGACUUUGCUGAUGAGUGCCCCAAGCCGGAGCUGCUGGCCAUCCGCUUCCUAAAUGCUGAGAAUGCACAGAAAUUCAAAACAAAGUUUGAAGAAUGCAGGAAAGAGAUUGAAGAGAGAGAAAAGAAAGGAUUGGGCAAAAACGAUAAUGCCGAAAAAGUGGCUGAACAGCUAGAAGCUCUUUCGGUGAAGGAGGAGACCAAGGAGGAAGCUGAGGAGAAGCAAUAAAUCGUCUUAUUUUAUUUCCUUUUCCUUUCUUUUUUCUUCUUUUUUAAAAUUUUGCCCUGCCCCUCCUUUUCGGUUUUAUUCUGUUUUGUUUUUACAAGGGACUUUAUAUAAAGAACUGAAUUCCAACAUUCAUGUUGGUUUUUUUUUUUCUAAGUUUUUGCCCUAUUGAAGACGACUUCAGAAAAUCCAUUCCCCAGUCAUGAAAAUGUACUGUGCUAACUUUCUUUUCCAUAGUGGAAACACUUAUUUAUAGUCAUCAAAAAUAGUGAAUAAAAACCGCAUUUGGAACCCGGA